AGGGAAAGGGACAUCAGCACACGCAAACGCUUGAACGUUGAUAAGUAAAAAAGGUGUUAGUUCUUUGCCAAUAUGAAAUUGAUGCUAGUCGUGAGUUUUUUGUGCCUACUCGUCGGUAGUUUGGCUGCACCACAAGCACCAGUGGAAAUUUUAGAACAAGAAGUGGAUAAUAUUGGCAUUAAUGGUUAUAAAUUCAGCUACAAACUGAGUGAUGGCACAACACGUACCGAGGAGGCAGUACUCAACAAUGCAGGCACCGAAAAUGAGUCCCUAUCAGUGCGCGGCAGUGUUUCUUGGGUGGCGCCCGAUGGACAAACUUACACAAUCAAUUUUGUGGCGGAUGAAAAUGGCUUCCAGCCAGAAGGCGCACACAUACCGAAAUAA